AUGAGCACUCCGAACCAGGUCAAGCAACCCUUUGCAGCGGACAGCGCCAAUUCUCAAGACCAAGAUAGCCAGUCCUACAAAGAAUGGCUGCAAGAAGCAUAUAACAACGGAUAUCAAAGAUGGAUGCCAUGGAUUGAAGACCAAUAUCUGAAAUGGUUUGGAAAGGGUGACAAUAAAGCCUCCUACGCAACCAAAGAUUCGCUCUCCAAAACGAAGGUCACUGGUAUUGAUCAGGUUGAUCAGAUCCAAGACGAUACGAACAAUCUCGUGGGAAAUCAGCUUGGUGAUAAGGGAUUAUUCAAGCCGGUGGGACAAUUUAUGUCGAAGGAGGGUAUCAACCGGGCUGAGAGAGAUGGAAAGGAUGAAGAUGGCUCCUAUGGUGACUCUUCAACAUUCACAGGUAUUGGAGCGAAGGGUGUUGAUACUGUUGGUUCUGGCGCGGAAUCUACUAAGAAUAUCGCUGUAGGAGGAUUGAACGGUGUUAAGGGUCUUGUUUCUGGAAGUGGACAGUGA